AUGGCCAUCGGCAAGAAGGGCAAAAAGGUCGGCGGCCUCCUGGCUAGCAGUGGCGUCCAGAAGCCGCAAAAGGUCGCAAAGGCCGACUGGUCCGAGGGCUUCAGGAAGAAGAAGACGGCCGGUGUGCAGGACAUGACCCUCCUCAGUACCAUCACCAACGAGGCCAUUAACGAGAACCUCAAAGCGCGCUUCUUGAACCAGGAGAUCUAUACAUACAUUGCCCAUGUGCUCAUCUCAGUCAACCCCUUCCGCGACCUCGGCAUCUACUCGGAAGAGACGCUACAGUCGUACCGCGGCAAAAACCGUCUCGAGAUGCCGCCGCAUGUGUUCGCUGUCGCCGAGUCGGCUUACUACCGCAUGACAACCGAGAAGGAAAACCAGUGUGUCAUCAUCUCGGGCGAGUCGGGCGCUGGCAAGACUGAGGCUGCCAAGCGCAUCAUGCAGUACAUCGCUGCAGUUAGCGGGACCAGCGAUGGCUCGAGCGGCGGCAUCGAGGGCAUCAAGGAGAUGGUGCUUGCCACCAACCCCUUGCUCGAGUCGUUUGGGUGUGCCAAGACAUUGCGUAACGACAACUCCAGUCGCCACGGAAAAUAUCUUGAGAUCAUGUUCGACAGCUUGGGCCAGCCAGUGGGCGCGCAGAUCACAAAUUACCUCUUGGAAAAGAACCGUGUCGUGGGCCAGAUCAAGAAUGAGCGCGACUUCCACAUCUUCUACCAGCUCACCAAGGCGGCGCCGCAGGACAUGAGGAAUGACUUCGGCCUGCAGGGGCCCGAAGCGUAUGCGUACACGGCCAACAGCAAGUGUCUCAAUGUGGCAAGUAUCGACGACAGCAAGGAUUUCACCGAGACGUUGCACGCCAUGGACAUUAUUGGCCUUUCCAAGGAGGAGCGUACCUCCAUCUUCCGCGUGCUGGCGACGGUCCUAUGGCUCGGCAACUGCGAGUUCGUCGAGGGUGACGAUGGGAACGCUCGCAUCGCCGACACGGGCGUCACCGACUUUGUCGCGUAUCUCAUGAACGUCGACGGCGCGGCGGUUCAGAAGGUGCUCCUCUCGCGCAUCAUGGAGACGCAGCGUGGCGGCCGCCGGGGGUCCGUGUACGAGGUGCCCCAGAAUGUGGCGCAGGCGAACUCUGGACGUGACGCGCUCGCGAAGGCGCUGUACAACAACCUCUUCGAGUGGAUCGUGAGCCGGGUCAACGUCUCGAUGAAGCCCAACGUCGCGCAUUCUUACGUUAUUGGUGUUCUCGACAUCUACGGGUUCGAGAUCUUCCAGGACAACAACUUUGAGCAGCUGUGCAUCAACUACGUCAACGAGAAGCUUCAGCAAAUCUUUAUUGAGUUGACCCUCAAGGCCGAGCAGGAGGAGUAUGUCCGCGAGCAGAUCAAGUGGACUCCCAUCAAGUUCUUCGACAAUGCGGUCGUGUGCGAGUUGAUCGAGGGCAAGCGACCUGCCGGAAUCUUUGCGACCCUCAAUGAUGCGACAGCGACGGCGCACGCAGACCCUGCGGCGGCGGACAACUCGUUCAUCCAGCGGUCCAACAUGCUGACGUCCAACCCCAACUUCGAGUCGCGCGGCAACAAGUUCCUCAUCAAGCACUACGCCGGCGACGUGCUGUACAACGUGGCGGGCAUGACGGACAAGAACAAGGACCAACUGGGCAAAGACAUCCUCGAGCUCAUCGACCAGAGCGGAGAUACGUUCCUCCACACGCUCUUCCCUGACAAGGUCGACCACGACUCGAAGCGCCGCCCACCAACUGCUGGUGACAAGAUCAAGCAAUCCGCUAACGACCUUGUAACCAACCUGAUGCAGUGCCAGCCCCACUACAUCCGCACGAUCAAGCCGAACCAGAACCGCUCGCCGACCGAGUACGACGACAAGGCCAUCCUGCAUCAGAUCAAGUACCUUGGUCUCCAGGAGAACAUUCGUGUCCGUCGUGCUGGUUUCGCAUACCGUGCAGAGUUCCAGAAGAUGGUGGAGCGCUUCUACCUCCUCUCGCCUUCGACAUCGUACGCCGGUGACUACAUCUGGGAGGGUGACGCCAAGUCUGGUUGCGAGCGCAUUUUGACGGACGCGCGCAUCGCCAAGGACGAGUGGCAGAUGGGUGUGACCAAGGCGUUCAUCAAGAACCCAGAGACGUUGUUCUACCUUGAGGGCGAGCGCGACCGUUACUGGCACACCAUGGCGCGGCGUAUCCAGCGGGCCUGGCGUGCGUACGUGCGCCGCAAGCACGAGGCUGCGACCAAGAUUCAGCGCUUCUGGCGCAGCCAGAAGGAGAACCUCGUGUACGCGCAGAAGCGCGAUUAUGGCCACCAGGUGCUGGCUGGACGCAAGGAGCGUCGCCGCUUUUCGCUGAUCGGCAUGCGCAAGUUCAUGGGCGACUAUCUCGACGUGGGAGGGCGUUCGCCGCAGGGAGAGCUUCUGCGCAACGCCGCUGGCAUCUCGGGCGCCGAGACGGUGGCAUUCAGCUCGCGUGGCGAGAUUCUCGUCUCCAAGCUUGGCCGUUCGUCCAAGCUCAGCCCGCGUUUCCUCAUCAUCACGGACAAGGCGUUCUACAUUGUCGUCACGAUGUCCAGGGACGGCCAGGUCUCGACGACCCUCGAGCGUAAGAUCCCCCUCAUCACGAUCAAGGGCAUCUCGAUGAGCAACCUGCGCGACGACUUCAUCGUGCUCAACCUUCCACCGGGGGGCGAGGAGGGCGACCCCGUGCUCGCGUGCCCGCUGAAGACUGAGAUGACCUGCGUCAUUCUCACGGAGGUCGGCGGCGGCGUGCCUGUCAACAUCGGCCCUGUUAUCGAGUACUCAAAGAAGAAGGGCAAGAAGGCGCAGAUCAAGGCUAUCAAAGGGCAGGGUGAGCCGGUAUACAAGUCGCACACCAUCACGGUCGGCCCCGGCGAGGCACCUAACAGCGUGUCCAACCCUAUGCCGGCUCGCAAUGCCAAGGUGAAGAAGGCCGCGAAGGCUGCGCCUGCAGCCAUGGUUGGGCGCUCGCAGAAUCGGCCGCAGGCGCGUGCUCUUCCCGGCGCGUCCAAGCCGUCUGCACCGCCUGCGAUCGCGGGCAUGACGGCGGCUCCUGCUGCUGUCAAGCCUACACCAGUCGCCCCGCCUGCGCCCAAAAUGCCCACCGGUUUCGGCGCGGUCAAGGCGCCCGCAGCGUUUGGUGCUCCGAAGGCGCCUUCCGCUCCCAUCGGCGGCGGCCGUGCCCCGCCUCCGCCGCCGCCGCCUCCCCCUCCCCCUCCCGCUGCGCCGGCCGCACCGCCCAAGGACAUGUACCGCGCACUGUACAACUUUGCGGGCCAGGAGGGCGAGAUGAACCUGACCAAGGGCGACGAGGUAGAGGUCAAGGAGAAGGACGACAACGGGUGGUGGAUGGUGGUUAAGGGUGGACAGGAGGGCUGGGCGCCGAGCAACUACCUCAAGCUUAUCGAGCAGCCGGCCGCGCCGCCCCGUCCUCCACCCGCACCAAAGAGGCACGUGCCUCCUCCCGCUCCUACCGCUCCUGCCGCCAACCUGGCAGCGCCUUCAGCGAAGCAAGCCGCGCGCGGUUCGGUGGCUGCCGACGCUUUGGCGGCCAUGUUGAGUGGUCGCGCAGCGGUGUCCAACGGCGGCUCGCCCACAACCGGGUCAGGCGCCGGCUCGCCGUCGAGCACGCCAGGAGGCUCUCGUCCGUCGAGUGGCAUGGGCCGCGGCCCGCCUCCGGCUACGAAGCCCAAGCCCAUCGUACCGCCUAAGCCGGGAGCGAAGCCGGCUGGUCUCGGCGGAGGACGGCCGCCCGUGCCAGGCGCAUUCAAGCCGAGCGCGCCAAGCGGAGGCGCGUCGCUAGGCAAGGUCAAUCAGCCGAAGGCCGCAGGCGGACAGCUUGACCUUGCUGCGGCGUUCAUGAAACGCGCAGCGCAGGCACGGGGUGAGUAA